AUGCAGUCAUCGCCCAGAAGGCUCAAUGAAACGGCCCGUUUAAUCGAAUCCGCACGGCUGACUCCAACUGAGCACUCCCUCUGGAGAGCGUUUCUGAACGAGUCCGUCGAUCGAGAAUAUGCGGCUCAAUACAUUUGGGAGAGGAUACAUGACCAUACCGGUCGACCGGCGGAGCAAAUUUUAACUGAAUUAAAGCUUGAAUGGAAGCAAGUCGUCUUCAAGUUGGCCCGGCGUGACACUGUCCCCCACGAAUCAAAAACUCUAGUCGAAACUCGGGACGGGUCCCAAUGCUUUAUGGUGGAUCAGAGGACGUCAACCCCCAGCGCAUCUGUGCACUUCGGCCAUGCUUGGGUCAUCCCACCGAGCCUUUUCAAUGACAGUGAUAUGAAUCCACAGGGUCCUCUUUAUGCCAUUCUUCAAGCCUUUCUCUCCCCUCCCGUAACUUCUCAACUUCAGACCCUUCUACAGACGAACACAGCAGAAUCUCGACUAAGGAACCUCCUCCUGCUCUCUCCGAGCAUUCAUUCGGCUUUCCGAAAUGGCCACAUACAUCUCUUUCCUAUCACUGAUACGGCGGAUCGUUGGAAUGAUGAGACCGAGACCAAAAUCAAGUCUGCCAGCAAAGUCUAUUACUUCGUCUCCAGGAUUGGGCCAGAGCCCUAUGGCUCGCUGUUCUUGAGUGAUGGUAGCCCAUGGGAUCGUUCGAUGCAGAUGUUCAUAAUGGAGAGCCAGGAUGACCAACUACCUCUCCCAGAUCCAUUCCUCCUUAGAACCCACUUUCGCAUCUCAACUUCUUUGCAUUUAUUCUAUGUUGAAGAAAGUAUAUCAAAGGGCUGGCCCUCGCCUCCAUUGAUCCAGUUGAGUUCAACAACACAAAAAACAUUGCGAUCUCUCUGGCAUAUCGUGCCCAGAUGGAUACGUACGCAAUGUUAUACCUUGCUUAUCAGAAUUGGCAGCUAUCUCUAUCCGCGGUCUUUCACAGGUCUCGUCCACCAGCUACCGUUCGGACUCUACGCGAAGGAAUGUGCUCGCUCUCCUCGUAACGAAGCCGAGGCGUUGCGCCUCCUUGAAAAGUACACAUCAAUCCCAGCACCACUCUGGGUGGAUGAUUACCAAAAGACGCACCCUGUUCUCAUCAUGACGGCGGUCCCUGGGCAAACCUUGGACAAAGUUUUCCAUCGACUCUCAUACCCGGAGCGCGAACAAUUAUCGAAAGACCUGAAAAUUGUCGUAUCACAACUACGCUGCAUUCCAAAUGAGACUCCGUAUGUCUUCAGCAAUAGUCACGGCGGCCCAUUGAGGAAUCAUCGGUUCCCCUCCCGUACAUGUGGCCCGUUCAACUCAAUCUUUGAUUUCAAUGCCUUCCUUGUCCAUUCCUACGUGCGUCAGGAGACAAAGGAGAAAAUCUCCGCCGUUCACGGCCGUACCUACGGAUCUGUCUUCACCCAUGCGGACUUGCAUCCGAGCAACAUUAUCAUUAAUCGCGGACGGCUGUCUGGAAUUGUCGAUUGGGAAUGCGCCGGGUUCUACCCUGAGUAUUGGGAAUUUACAAAACUGAUGUACGGGGCUGAGAUGUUCCCCGAUAUCCGACAGAUCUUUCGCCAGGCUUUCUCAGAGCAAAGCUAUGAAGAGGAGUUGGAAGCAGAGACGGCUCUGUGGAAUGAUACACCAUUCGGUAUCUAG